UCAACGCUGAGCUGAUUUAAUCUAAGCUAACAGUAUGUUUAACGGCAACGAUCUGACGCCAUAUUUACGCAAACCGGAGGAUUGCCAGGGCAAUCGGAUCAUGAUCACUCACUAUGUUAGCCCUCAACAGUUUUGGUACAUUACUGCCAAGGAUAUCGAGGCUUGCAGUGCGCUGGUGCGACAAAUGGAGCUGCAACUGGUCGAGCACUGCAGCCCCGGGAACCAGCGACCCUCCUACUGUGAGUAUCUGGAGGUGAUUGUGCGGUACAUGCUGUGUAGUCUUCCGAAGCUGCUCCGUGGCGUCAUUCGGAAGCGCAAGGGGGAGGAGUAUCUGGUGUUUGCCCUGGACUAUGGCUUUACCAUCAAUUGCACAGCCAAAGAUCUAUGGAUGCUGCCAGGGAAUUUAAACAAGAAAUUGUAUGAUGUUCAAAUGGGAGGAGUGGCGUUUAUUGCCCCCUAUAAUGGCAGCACAUGGACGAAGGCUGCACUGAGCGUCUUUGGGCAGAAGCUGGAGGAGGCCCACAUGUUAUCCCUGGACAUUAGAUAUCAGGGGCCCAUGAACGAGAAUUUCGGAGUAUUGUGGAUAAAGUCGAACGGCCAAAGCGGCCCAGCUGUGGAUGCAGCCGUCUUUCUGGAGGAGCGACGACAUGGACGCAGGGAGACCAGCUGUAGCAUGCCUUCCUACCUCGAUCCCUUGUCCUUUGACUUGGCGGAUAUCAACGACGUGGAGCUCAAGGCUGGUUUGCGUGCCACAAAAAUAAUCCAGCUAGUGGCGGCGUCCGCCAUACCCUUGGCCAUCGAACAGAAUCGCAUUGACUGCUCCAAAGCCCCGUCCAAGACGGAACUCCGUGUGGAGAGGAACCCAUUCAGACAACUCUCGACAUGCAAUCAAAACUACCCAAAAAGACGCAGUCCGCCCUGCCCCUCAAAGGAUCCCAUGAAGCUGGAGAGACUUCUCCAGCUGCGUAGCGAACCGCCAAUACCGGAUGCGGCGCGGCGUCUAAGCAAGGUCAGCGGUUCAGGCGACACCUCCGUCCAAACGGCUCUCAUCGGUGGCUCAAGCAAAAAGGAAAACGUAGAGGAGAACGUCGAAAGGAGAAAUCAAUUGGAGGUGUACGGAAAAUCCAGCAAUGGAAGCCUGGCAGAUCAGAUGAGAGGGCUUAAGCUGACGAGUCGUCCCUCGAUGAGUGAAUGCUCUCCUAGCGGAUAUUCUGGAUUGUUGGCUGGCCAGGAAACCAUCAAUAUCAAUGCGAAUAACCAACGGAGCGAACCAUCUGAGCCAAGAAAUAGUCUCUUGUCCGCCUCUUCUGUGGCACAGCACACGCUCAAGCGCAUUCUAUUCCAGGGGGAUGCAACUGCUGGGAAAGUCGCCAGAGCUUCCUCAUCUGCAGCACGAGACACGGUCAAAAGUAUUCUGUUUAAGGAAGAUGCACCUGCUGGGAAAGUCGACGGGGCCAUGCCAAAACUAUUUCAGAGGAUAAACCUCUCGUUGGCCAACAGGGUGCUGACCCACAGCAGUAAAUCAGUGUCCGUGGAUGUUGUCUGCAACAUGAGCGAGGCAUCGCUCGGCAAGGAGAUUGAAAUUGCCCUGCAGAAGCUGAACCACCAGACUCCUCUUUCCAUGCAGUGCUUUGCCUGGCCCCACCUUAUGAAGGGAAACUCCCUGCUGCUGGUGAAUGCCUCGGGCACAGGUCGCUCCUGGUGCUAUCUUCCGGCACUCUGCGCCUUGGUGAUGCGCUCCAUGAAAGCGGAUGGGGAAGGUUUUAUGAAGAAGGGGCCACUGGCCAUACUGCUUACCGAAUCCUCGGUCAACGCCAAUGUUCUGUCAAAGCACUGCUCAUUUCUGAUGCAGAGCUUCGAAACUCAAUUCUUCAAAGUGGUUAACACCCACGACCAUUCCGAGCCCGAAGUGGUCACCAUGCUACUCGGCUCGUGCGGCAUCCUUGUGGCCACACUCUCGAAUCUAAAUGCCCUGAUGGACUAUAAACGCAAGGGCCUAGCCCUCUUCGAGCCGGCGCGACUGAAACACGUAGUCUUGGACGACUACGAUCGCAUGCAGCAGGCGGCUCCGCAUCUCCUCAAUGAAGUUAUAAAUCGCUUGCGCCGCUUGCCCCUUCCGCAAAUGCAGCUCGUUCUAGUGGCCCAGCGCUGGCAUGAGCAAGCCUUUCAGAAGUAUCUCACAUGGACCUCCACCAAUCUGCUUAUCUUUGGGGACUUCCUUGAAGCGGCCAUGUACGGCCGCGUGAAGCUAACGAUGGAUGUGGGCCAAUCGAAGAAAAAGUCAGCACAGCUCUUACAAUUUCUGGCCUCCCAGACGCCGCCCCAGAAGCGAACGAUCAUAUUCUGCAACAGUCAAGAGGAGAUGGUGCAAUUGAGAAAAGUUCUGGUCGCAGCUGGACAUCAGUGCGUGAUCAUCUCGAAAGACCUGGCGCAGGAACCACACCAACUGCUGCUGGUCUACGACGAAAGUCAGCUGCAGCUGCGGGAGCGAAACAAAGAGCUACUCGUCCACUUUAGCCUACCCGAAUCGUGGAAGAAGUUUGCCCAGCGAUUCCACGUGAUGGACGAUUGCGUGCAGAACCGUUUGGCCGGGCCACUGACCCAGCCCUCCUCUAUCGCUUCCCAUAUAAUGCUGGACGAGAGCAACACCCAAUAUGGACCCUCUUUGGUGAGGUUCCUCAAACUCCACGGCCUCUCCACGGAAAAGUUGUCGGAGCAGAUGUCCUGCUUUCUGCCGAGGGGCGAAAACAGUCUUCCCUUCUGUCUGUAUCUGCUGAAGACAGGCGAAUGCACUCAGAGACAGUGCACCAUGCGGCAUCACUUCCUCAAAGCGGACGUACAGCAUUCGAGUAAUCCCUGCCAGCAGUCCGAGGCCCUAGUGCGGUGCAGGCCAUGCAAGAUCUACGGCCCGACUCAUAUGGCCCUCUGGCCCACCGAGUACAUGCUGAAGGGCACUACGGUCUGGGUGGAGGCGCCAUUUCCGGCCAGUCGGUGGAUUGCGGAGGUGGAGCUGAGUGUGGAAUCUAAUCCCAAGCAGCACCAUCCAGUCCGCGUCUCCGACGUCUGCCUCGUGCAUCAGCAGGGGCUCUACAAACGCGUCCGCGUCAUGGACAUUCCUGCAGAGCAUUCGGUGACAGUGCAGUUGAUGGACCACGGCACGGAGCUGAUGAAAAUUAGGCCCUGGGACCUUCUAAAGUGCGAUGCGAAGUUUAUUGGUCUGCCCAUGCUGGCCAUGGAUGUGAAGCUGUCCUGUGUGGAGCCUACCACAGGAGAGGCCAGCUGGUCGCCGGAGUCCAUCAAGUGGGUGCACGAUACGUUUUAUCGUCUUCCAGAUGGACAACACAUUCAGAUAACCGUGGAUUUCUCCAUGCUCGAUGUGGUCUAUGUGAAGGAAAUCGUCUUGAUCGAGGAGUGCCCUACGCUGCGGACUAGUGUCUACAGAUCUGUGCUGCGAAAGGAAUUGAUCGCGCGAAAAUUUGGCAAAAUGACGACGAAAAGCCUCGCUCAGGGCCCGCCAGCGCCACUUACCUGCAGAGGCUUGGCUUCAAUCAGAGAGAAAGACAAGCCUCAGAUACAGAACCAAGUUACGAAAACCCAUCGGAAGGAAGCACAGGUAAAAGAAGCAUUAGCCGAUGGAAAGGACAAUGGCGCAAUGGAAGCCAGUAGCAGCACAUUGGAAGAGCCGAAGAAAGCUCAGGGGAAAGGCGAUUGCCAGAGUAAUCCCCCAACGGUUGAUUCAACUCCAGACAGGAAAAAAGUUCAGAUAAAAUUAGCAUUAGCUGAUGGAAAGGACAACGACACAAUGGAAGCCAGUAGCAGGACAAUGGAGGAUCAGAGUAAAGCUCUGGGGAAAGCCGAUGGCCAGAGUAUUGCCGGAACGGUUGACCCAACUCUAGACGGAUCACAGCGGAAGUUUCUCGAGAUGCUAAGGGGAGAGUUAGCCAGCGAGAAUUCGUCGCGCUAUGCAGAAACCCGUCGAUUCCUGCAAAGCAUUGUAGGCGGCGAUGAAUUGGAUUCAGUGCCUUCGAAAGAAACUGCCGAAACAAUCAGCACAGAAUCGGGCCCAAUUCUUUGCCUCACUGAUGCCUCACCUGGAACAUCGGUACAAGAGCCAUCGAAGGAUCAAACGAUAAAAGCCCUGCAAUGUGCCACGACACUUGGUGGAGCAGUGGCCUGGCCUAUGGUCAAAUGGCACCAGACCCUCCGCCAAAUUGAACUCAUUUUCGAGCAGAAGGUGCCGGAGUAUGAACUCUUUGUUCGGGGCAGCUUUCUCUCGUAUUUUGUGGCAGAGACCUCGCCACCCCAGAGGUGCUUUAUGAAUCUUCUGGGUGAGGUGAGGAUCGCCUCGGAGAAGCUGCACGGCUACUUUCUGCACGUCAAGCUGUCAAAAGUUGGCUCCCUGUUCUACUGGCCAACUCUUCUCAACUCCCUGUACACGCAGCAGCAUUCCCGUUGGUUGUCAUACGACGUAGAGCGAGCCAAGGAGCCGCCCUCACCCAUGGGCCUGCUUCUGUGGGAGCGCCACAUGCGCCAGGUGUUCACCAAAGUUGAUUCGACGACGGAAGAAGAUUCUGUUGAGUAUGAUUCGGAUGAUUCCGAUCUGUCAGACUCGGCUUUAUACGAUCUGUAAGAGAUAUCGCCUUUACUUUGAUACACUUUAUAUUUGCAUUCAUGCAUAUUCUAUUAUAAUUAUCACUAAAUACAGACAUAAGUUACCGAUCAGAUAAAGAUUAACUUCUGAGCUUAAUGGCUUACCACCAAUGACAGGAAUAUACUAAACAUAGUUACUAUAAUUAAGGCCAUAAAAUUUAUACACAAAUGAAAAUUAAAUUUGAUCAAAUUUUG